AUGGCCACCAAUGAACUUCUAGUCCCUCUGCACGUCUCCUACAUCCAGAAACUUGGGCAGAACAAGGAUGAUCUCACCUACCAUUUAACCUCGCAUCUUCGACUGAACGCGGUUUACUGGGGUUUGACCGCGUUGGCGGUUAUGGGUCACCAGGAUGCGCUGAACAGGGAGGAGAUGAUUGACUUUGUGAUGAGCUGUUGGGAUGAAGAGCAGGGUGCUUUUGGCGCUCAUCCUGAUCAUGACGCCCAUUUGCUCUCCACGCUCAGCGCGAUCCAGAUCCUAAUCAUGCAGGACGCGCUGGACAGGGUGGAUGUGGAUAGAGUAGUGAAAUAUAUCCUCUCGCUCCAGCAACCGUCGGGCGUCUUUGCAGGUGACAACUUUGGUGAAAUUGACACCCGUUUCCUGUAUUGCGCGGUCUCGGCUUUGUCGCUACUUGGUCGAUUAGAUGAACUAGACAAGGAGAAGACUGUCGGAUACCUGAAGCGCUGUAAGAAUUAUGAUGGAGGGUUUGGGAGUGUAGUCGGUGCGGAGAGCCAUGCUGCGCAAGUCUUCGUAUGCACCGCUGCCCUCGCGAUACUUGACAAGCUCGAUGAAGUCGUCGAUACUGACACCCUGGGUUGGUGGUUGGCCGAACGUCAAUUACCCAAUGGUGGAUUGAAUGGCCGGCCAGAGAAGCUCGAAGAUGUUUGCUACAGUUUCUGGGUCCUCUCGGCACUCUCUAUCAUCAAGAAAGUCCCGUGGAUUGACGCUAAGAAGUUGGAAGCUUUCAUCCUCAGUGCACAGGAUGCGGAAGGAGGAGGCAUCGCAGAUAGACCAGGGGAUAUGGUCGAUGUAUUCCAUACCUUGUUCGGAGUUGCCGGGCUUUCGAUACUGGGCUAUCCUGGCCUGGUCGACUUGGACCCGGUAUAUUGUAUGCCUGCGGAGGUCAUCAAGAAACUAGGAUUGAACAAGGACUGGGAGGCUUUACCUAGAAGAAAAGCAUAG